UCAGGCCCGCCCAUCAAAGCCUACCGGGAUCUCUCUCUCUCUCUCUUUUUUUUUUUCUUGCGGUCAGCGGGGACAGCUUGAACUGCGGUCGCACGGAAGGCCGGCAACGACGAGUUCCAAAGGCGGCGGGUCCUUGCGGACUCCUGCUUCCUCAGAGGAGGAUGGCCCAGUCCUCGGGCGAGGACGCCGUGGUGCUGCAGGCGAUGCUGAGGCAGCUGUUCCAGAGCGUGAAGGAGAAGAUCACGGGGGCUCCCUCCCUCGAGUGCGCCGAGGAAAUCCUCGUACAUCUGGAGGAAACUGAUGAAAACUUUCACAACUAUGAAUUUGUGAAAUAUCUUCGACAGCAUAUAUGUAACACUUUGGGGUCUAUGAUUGAAGAAGAAAUGGAAAAAUGGACAUCUGAUCAGAAUCAGGCUGAGGAAUCUGGCUAUGACACAGUUGUACAGCAUGUUACUAAAAGAACUCAGGAAUCUAAAGAAUACAAAGAAAUGAUGCAUUCCCUGAAGAAUAUCAUGAUGGUAGUGGUGGAAUCUAUGAUUAACAAGUUUGAAGAAGAUGAGAUACGAAAUCAAGAGAGGCAAAAAAAAAUUCAGAAGGAGAAAAGCAACAACAGUUACUGCACAGAUAAUUGCUCUGAUAGUGAUUCAUCAUUCAAUCAGAGUUACAAAUUUUGUCAAGGAAAAUUACAAUUGAUUUUAGACCAGUUGGAUCCCGGGCAACCUAAAGAGGUGAGAUAUGAAGCCUUGCAAACCUUAUGUUCAGCUCCGCCAUCUGAUGUUUUGAACUGUGAAAAUUGGACUACACUCUGUGAAAAAUUGACAAUGUCUCUUUCAGAUCCUGAUCCUGUGUUUAGUGACCGGAUUUUAAAAUUCUAUGCACAGACAUUUACUCUUUCACCAUUACAUAUGACUAAGGAAAUUUAUACAAGCUUAGCUAAAUAUUUGAAGUUAUACUUUCUUUCUAGAGAAAAUCAUAUUCCUACUCUUUCAACUGGUAUAGAUAUAAGUAAUCCUAAUGUGAUCUGCUUACUUAAAAAGGUUCGUCUUCUAAAUGAAUAUCAGAAAGAGGCUCCAUCUUUCUGGAUUCGUCAUCCAGAAAAGUAUAUGGAAGAAAUUGUGGAGAAUACCUUGUCCUUAUUAUCAGUUAAACAUGACCAGAGCCAUCUUGUCUCACAAAAGAAUUUGGAUCCGAUUUACUUUUUUGCAUUGGUUGAUACCAAGGCUGUGUGGUUCAAAAAGUGGAUGCAUGCAUAUUAUAGCAGAACUGCAGUACUAAGACUUCUAGAAAAGAAAUAUAAAUCUCUGAUAACUACAGCAGUUCAGCAGUGUUUUCAGUACUUUGACUUGUGUGAAGCCAUGAAAGUCAAUGAGAUUUUGAGUCAUUCAAAGCAUUGUGGGAAUAAACAGAAAACCUUCUUCUAUUCAGGACAAGAAUUACAAUAUAUUUAUUUCAUUCACUCACUGUGCCUUUUAGGAAGAUUAUUGAUUUAUACACAGGGCAGACGGCUAUUUCCCAUAAAAUUGAAGAGUAGAAAAGAUUUAGUAUCCCUUACAGAUCUGCUGGUUCUGUUUACCCAACUUAUCUAUUACUCACCAAGUUGUCCAAAGAUGACAUCAGCUGCACAUUUAGAUAAUUACUCUCCUGCAAGUAUGGUGACUGAAGUUCUUCAGAUACUCUGUGAUCAAAAAGAGUGUGCAGUCGAAUGCCUAUAUAAUAAUACUGUGAUUGAGGCACUUCUUCAGCCUAUUCAUAAUUUAAUGAAAGAAACCAAGGCUGCUCCAAAUUGCUCUGAAGCAGCUUUAAUUCACAUAGCUGAUAUUUUGGCAAGGAUUGCCUCUGUAGAAGAAGGACUUACCUUGCUACUUUAUGGAGAAAAUAUGAACUCUUCUGAAGAAAAAAGUCCUACAGGUGCUCAUAUAAUUGCCCAGUUUUCGAAAAAGCUUCUUGAUGAAGAUAUCUCUAUUUUUUCUGGAUCGGAAAUGUUGCCUGUGGUUAAAGGAGCUUUUAUUUCUGUGUGUCGUCAAAUAUAUGGUACAUGUGAAGGCCUGCAGGUGUUAAUUCCUUAUAGUUUGCAUGAGUCUAUAGCAAAGGCAUGGAAGAAGACAAGUUUGCUAUCAGAAAGAAUUCCUACUCCAGUAAAAGGCUCAGAUUCUGUUUCUUCGAUAAGCCAGGAAUCCCAAAACAUUAUGGCUUGGGAAGAGAAUUUGUUAGAUGAUUUACUAAAUUUUGCUGCCACUCCCAAAGGACUACUAUUUCUUCAAAGAACAGGUGCCAUCAACGAAUGUGUGACAUUUAUGUUCAACCGAUAUGCAAAAAAAUUACAGAUCAGCAGGCAUAAAAAGUUUGGCUAUGGAGUUUUGGUAACCCAAGUGGCCUCAACAGCAGCAGGUGCAAUAGCACUACAAAGUUCAGGAUUUAUUAAUGCACUUAUAACUGAACUAUGGGCCAAUCUGGAAUGUGGAAGAGAUGAUGUUAGAGUAACUCAUCCCAGAUCUACUCCAGUGGAUCCUAUUGACCGGAGCUGUCAGAAGUCUUUUCUAGGACUGGUGAACUUGUUACCUUAUCCUGCUGUUUAUGAGCUGGUGGGCAAUCAAGAUCUUCCUAACAAAGCAGAAUAUUCUCUUCGUGAAGUCCCAACAUGUGUUCUUGAUAUUCUAGAUAGACUUAUAAUUUUGAAUUCAGAAGCUAAGAUUCGUUCUUUAUUCAACUAUGAACAAUCACACAUCUUUGGUCUAAGGUUAUUAAGUGUGCUGUGCUGUGAUCUAGACACUCUUCUCCUGCUAGAGGCUCAGUAUCAAGUAUCUGAAAUGUUACUAAAUGCUCAAGAAGAAAAUAUCUUAGAAACCUCUGAAAGCCACAGGCAUUUCAUAAUUGAUGGCUUAUCAGUAGAAAGAAAUCACGUUCUUGUUAGAAUAAAUUUUAUUGGUGGGCCCAUGGAACGAAUUUUGCCUCCAAGGGUACUAGAAAAGGGUGAUGAUCCAUAUCCUUGGCCAAUGUUUUCAUCCUAUCCUUUACCAACCUGCUAUCUGUCAGAAGUUACAAGAAAUGCUGAUCUAAAACAAGACAAUGAUCUUGGCAAGCUUUUAUUACACUUCAAAAUGUCUGAUAAACAAACUGAGUGGAUAGAAAACUGCCGAAGACAAUUUUGCAAAAUGAUGAAGGCCAAACCUGAUAUAAUUAGUGGAAGUGCUUUACUAGAAUUGCUUGAAAAAUUUGUGCUUCAUCUCUCUGAAAGCCCAUCUGAGUGCUACUUCCCCUCAGUGGAAUAUACAGCUACUGAUGCAAAUGUGAAGAAUGAAAGUCUUUCAUCUGUGCAGCAGCUUGGCAUUAAAAUGACUGUCAGAUAUGGCAAGUUCCUCAACCUGUUAAAAGACAGUGCAGAAAAUGAUCUUACCUUGGUUUUAAAGCACUGUGAGAGAUUCCUGAAACAGCAGCAAGCUCCCAUAAAAUCUUCUCUUCUCUGCCUGCAGGGGAGUUAUGCUGGCCAUGACUGGUUUGUAUCUUCUUUGUUCAUGAUAAUGUUGGGAGACAAAGAAAAAACACUUAGAUUUCUUCAGCAGUUCUCCAGGCUUCUGAUCUCUGCUUUCCUUUGGUUGCCAAGACUACAUAUUUCUAGGUAUCUACCUACUGACACUAUAGAAUCUGGCAUCCACCCGGUAUAUUUUUGCAGCACUCACUACAUUGAAAUGCUCCUGAAGGUGGAGGUGCCACUUGUGUUUUCAGCUUUUCACAUGUCUGGUUUUGCACCAUCCCAGAUUUGCCUACUAUGGAUAACGCAGUGCUUUUGGAAUUAUUUAGAUUGGAUAGAAAUCUGCCAUUAUAUUGCUACUUGUGUUUUCCUUGGUCCUGACUAUCAAGUGUAUAUCUGCAUAGCUAUUUUCAAACAUCUGCAACAAGAUAUUCUGCAGCACACUCAGACUCAGGAUCUGCAGGUUUUCCUGAAAGAAGAAGCACUACAUGGUUUUCGAGUGAGUGAUUACUUUGAAUACAUGGAGAUUUUGGAACAAAACUACAGACCAGUGGUGCUGAGAGACAUGCAGAACGUUAGGGUGCAGAACACAUAAAGGGUGGAGCAUGGUUUAACGUCAUGUUUCAUUUGUUUGUAAAGGAAACAGAGGGACUUGAUUGUUUUCUGUGUCUAUAACAACACAUGCUUUGUGAAUACACAUAUUGUGAAUCAAUACUGAGACUUUUUCAAUAUAAUAAUAUAUUCAACUAGGUAUUAUCUCAAUUUGUGACAUGAAGUAAGUUAAUUUUUGUUAAGUUCAUUGUUUUGUGAGGUUGUUUUAGAAUCAAAUCUAAUUUACUUACAGUUCUUUACAUUUAAAAGGUAGUCCCAAUCAACACCUCUUUCUUCACCAGAAGAUUAAAAUAUUUUUUUUUUCAAUGAGUUUUGAAACAAGCAUCAAUACUGUAAAUAAUUGUUUGACUAGCCAGGCAGAAAGAGUCCAUAGAAACAUGGAAGACAUUUGUUUUCUUCAUGUUUUAUCUACACAUAUAAAGGAAAAUAGACAAAACCACAACUACUUAUUUUACAUGUGGAGGAAAUAAAUGAUAUUUAUCACGACAAAUGCUAAAAAAACUAUUGUUCUUAGACAUAAUUGUUUUUAGGAAGUGCUUUUGAUACCUAUAUCAACUUAUAAUUUUUCAUGGGAAAUGUAGUAGGCUCUACAUGGUUCAUUUAAAAGACAGAUUAUUUAUUUCACACUAAUAAGCAUUUGACUUUCAUUUACUGUGCAUUUUUCUUAGUGAUAAAUUUUAUUUGUAGUUAACUUAAAAAAUGUUAAGGAGAAUAAUUUCUAAAUUAUUUUAAAUGACUAACACGAUGUUUUAUUUAAAUAGAAAGCUUUGCUCCAAUGACAGAAAUACAAUAUGCUAAAGUCUAUUUUCUUUUAACUGUCACGUUUAAUAUAUGAAAAAUAAUACAUAAAAGAAUUUUUCAGUUAGCAAUUUUAACAAAUUUUUUUGAAUUCUAGGAAGUAGUCAUUUUGUAUGCAUUACUUAUAUUUAAAUAUAAAUCAACCAUUAAAACCAUUCUUAAACCUUUUUUUUUUUUUUUUUAAACGAAAAAUAGCUCAUCCACAAACUCCUUUUUCCUUUCAGUAUCAUGAAACAACUGGCACCAUACAGUUUUCAGUUUUCGGAUAUUUGGCUAUUGCAAUAUAAACAUUCCAAAAUUAGGUUUGAUGCUGUAAAUGCUAACAGCAGCUGCUCAGUAAUGGUAUUCUUAAAGGGCAUUGGAAAAGUUGAGAAAAGAAAAUUGAGCAAGUUAAUUUGACAUAUUGCUCCCUUUAGCUCUGGUUAAGAGUUAAGUAAGAGAGUCCUACAUUACUCAAAAUACCAAGCUUAGUCUACUUUCAAACUUAAUUUUGGAAAGCUGUAAUACAUAUUUAUGGUUUCAUUUCUUCUCAUUCUGUUCUUAACUUACUGUUAUUGAUACUAAGAAAUUGCAGGUUUAUUUCCUUUUUAAAAGCUCUUACAUGGUAAUUGGAAAUACAAAUGGAGAAGGAACUAUAACUUAGUUUUAUAAUAUUCAUUGGUAUUUUUGAUUGGAAACUGAAGUAAGAUCUAGGUAGUAACAGUUAUAUUUUGGAAAAGUGAAUUCAGCUGGAGCCAGAAGGCAGUUUGUUUUCAUUUGUUAAAUAAAUGUCUUACGAACAAUGUCCUAGCAAUUUGGUGAAAUAAAAUGGAAAAUAUGGUAGUUUAUGUAGCUACCAUUGUAAAUAAUUUUUGUACCUAUUAUUUUAAGAAUACUCUUUAGAAUAGGAAUCAAUACAACCUUGCCUAGCCUUUUUUUUUUUUUUAAAUUAUUUAAAGUAGAAGUCCUUAGGACAGAGUUUAUUUCUAAUUUGUGAACAGGUACCUCAUACAUUUUACAAGAUUCACUAUAAGAAACUAUUUUAUGAUAAUAAUGUAAACAAAUUUGUGAAAAUGUUUAAUUGGUCAUAUAUGAAUCUAUCAAUACCUGUUUUCAAAAUAUCAUCUCUGUUUUAUGCCUCCUUAUGAUGCAUAGGCACCUAAGGAAUAUGUGAAGGUAAAGUAAAACUCAGAAAUUAGUCUAACCUUAACAGAAUUCUACCCAAAUUUAUGAUUAUCAAAUUAUGUCAUGCUCUAGUUUGAUUUUCCAAUUCUAAGAUGUUAAAGAAAUUUCUUUGGUUAUUCAUUAAACAGACUUGUUUUCAGGAUUGCACAUAUAAUGAAAUUUUUAAUAUUCAGGAUAUGAUAAAUGAAAUAACAGCACUGCCACUCAGAGAGUCCACAGUCCUUAUGGAGAGAUGAAUAAUUUUAAACUGUGAAAAUGCAGUUUUAAAGAUGACAAGAGUUGGUCUCUGGAUUCGGUGCCUUUAAUAAAAACAGUUUUGAUGGAGUAGUGGUUUAUUUGGAGCAGGGCUAAUUGAUGCUGAGAGGAAAGACUGGAGAGUAGUCCUCCUAGGAGCACUGUUGAACAGGGAAAGAGGGUGGUUGCUAGAGAAGGCCUGGGGUCAAAAGACUUUUUGAAGAUGGAAAAUGGAAGCAUGUUUAUAUGUGAAUAGAAAUGAUGCAGUAGAGAAAGAAAAACAUGCUAAAGAGUGAAUGUCAUGAGACUCCUUAUUGGAAGAAUGAAAACUGUUAAUAACCAUUUUGGAAGUUUGGGUGUUUUUGUUUUUGUUUUUUCAAAUUAAACACACAGUUCACUACAUGAUUCAGCAAUACUCCUUCUAGCCAUUUCCUCCAAAGAAAUAAAAAAAUAUGUCCAUAUAAAGGCAUGCAUGAAUAAUACAGUUUUAUUCAUCAUAGUCCCAUCUAUGGAAACAACUCAAACCUCCACUGGUGAAUGGAUAAACAAAUGUAGUUCAUUCCAUAAAAUGGAAUACAGCUCAGCAUUAAAAAGUGCACACAAGGGAUGCCUGGGUGGCUCAGUGGUUGAGCAUCUGAGUUGGCUCUGGGUGUGGUCUCAGAGUCCUGGGAUUGAGUCCUGCAUCGGGCUCCCUGCAUGGAGCCUGCUUCUCCUCCCUCUUCCUGUGUCUCUGCCUCUCUCUGUGUGUGUCUCAUGAAUAAACAAAUAAAAUCUUUUUUUAAAAAAAGUGCACACAAAAGGAUACAUAUUAUAGGGUUCUAUUUAUAAGAAGCUCUAGAAAAGGCAUAUCUAUAGUGACAGAAUGUUAGUGGUCCAGGGCUUAGGGCUGUGGGUGAUUGUGAAGAAAGGGAAUUUUCUACAUAGAGGCAGAGGGGACAUCUAUAUCAAAGUUGUAGUGAUGGCUACAUGACUGUAUUUUUUUAAAGUACUUGAAAUGUAUGCUUAAAAUGGGUGGAUUUUAGUUUACAUUUCACCUCAAUAAAGCUGAUUACCAAAAGAUAAAUCCUGCAAAGAGAAAUUGACAAACCCAUUAUAAUGGAAGAGUUUCAGCAUUAGCAGUUAUGUUAGCUGUAGGUUACUUGUGGAUGCCUUAAACAAGUUGAGGGUGAUCUUUUCUAUUCCUAUUUUGGUGAGAGUUUUAGGAAUAGAAUUUCUAUUGGAAAAUGAUUUUAUGUGAAAGUAAUCUUUGCAUGAGUUUCCCCUGUUUUUCGUCUUAUUGAUAUGGUAACUUCCCAACAUUUCCUAAUGCUAAACCACCCUUGCAUUCCUAAGAUUAACUUGCCUUGGUCAUAAUAUUUUAUCAGUUUUACAUACUGUUAGAUUUGAUAUUAUGUUAGGAAUUUUAAUGUCUAUGUUCAUAAGGGAUAUUGAUCUGUAGUUUUAUUUUUCUGAUUUUGAUAUCAUGGUAGUGCUGGCUUCGUAAAAUGAGAAGUGCUCAUCUGUUUUCUAGAAGUUUGUAUAUAAAUGGUGUUAUAUUUUUUCCUUCAGUGUUUGGUAGAAUUACCCAGUGAAGCUUGGAAUUUUCUUUGUGAUAAGAUUUUUGUGAAAAAAUUAAAUUUCUCUAAUAGGUAUCUACAUGGCUAUUCAAGAUCUCUGUUCUUCAGUGAGCUUUGGUAAUCUCUUUUAAGGAAUUUCUCCAUUUUAUCAAAUGUCGAAUUUAUGGCCACUGAGUUGUUCAUACAUUACUUUGUUACAUUUUUAAUAUGGGUAGAAUUUGACAUCACUGCUCUCAUUUUUGGUAUUGUAUCAUUUGUAUCUUGUUUUUUUUUUCCUUGAUCUGUCUGGCUAGAAGUUCAUGAAUGUUCUUAACUAGCUUUUAACAAUUUCUCUUUUUCUGUUUUCUCUUCCACUGAUUUUCACUCAGAACUUUAUUACUUCCUUCCACUUACUUUCAGUUUCACUUACUCUUGUUUUUCUAUUUCUUAAAGUCAUUUAGUUAAGAUCUUUCUUUUCUAAUAUUGGUAUUUAAUGCUAUGAAAUUCCCAAUAAAUACUGCCUUAGCUGCAUCCACAAAUUUUGAUAUAUUGUUUAUAAAUUUUAUGUAGUUGUAAAUAUUUUAUAUUUUACCUUUUGAUAUAUGGAUUAUUUAGAGAUGUGUAAUUUAGUUUCCAAAUAUUUUGAGAUUUUUUCAGAUCUAGUUGAUCCCCAACAACACAGCUUUGAACUGUACAAGUUCGUUUAUACAUGGAUUUUUUACAUUGCAGUCCUGCAGAUGUAUUUUCUCUUCCUAAUGACUUAACAUUUCCCCCCUAGUUUAGUUUAAGAAUAUAAUAUGUAAAAUAUACAAAAUAUAUGUAUUAAUUGACUGUUAUCAGUAAGGUGUCCAGUAAACAGUAGGCUAUUGGUAGUCACAUUUUUGGGUGAGUCAAAAGUUAUAGGUGGAUUUUCCAGGAAUUAUGGGGGUGGGAGUGUCAGCUCCCAUAAACACUGUGUGGUUCAAGGGUCAAAUAUAUUUGUUAUUGAUUUUUAGUUUAAUUUCAUUGUGGCUAGAACAUUCUUUAUGUUAAUCCUUUUAAAUUGAUUAAAACUGGUUUUAUGUCCCAGAUAAUCUACCCAUAAAUGCUUUUCAUGUAACUUAAAAGGAAUAUAUAUUUUUCUGCUUUUGUGUGGAGUAGUCUCUGAGUCUCAAUUAGACUAAAUUGUUUGGUAUUGUUUGUCUUCUGUAUCUUUAUUGACCUUUCUGGCUAUUUGUUUUAGUUAUUGUGAGAGUAAUGCUGAAAUUAACUGAGAUUGUGGAUUUGUCUGUUUCUCUAUUCAGUUCAAUCAGUUUUUCCUUCAUGCAUUUUGAAGCUCAAUUAUUAGGUAUAUAAAUUUUAUGAUUGUUAUAUACUUUGAUGAAUUAAUUGCUUUAUCUUUAUGAAAUAAACUGUUUAUCCCUAGUAA